CCCCCAGCGAAGGGAGGCGUGUCCGAAACGCGCGGCUUCUACAAAGAGAGCCCACUUCCCCCGGGUGCAGACCGUCAACUGUAGUGGGGCCCCACCACUUGGGCCUGAACCUACCCCCACUCAACAGCCAAAGUCUUAUACAAGAAAAGCCAGCAGCAUGGUCCAGCACGAGAUCGCCAGGUAGAACUUCUCGGUCAGUUUACGCAACGCUCUCGUAGGAGACGCACGAGAAGAUCUUACGAGAAGAUCAUAAGAGACGAUUCGAAGAGCAGGAGUAAAAGAUAGAAAAAGAAGAUAACAGAAGAAAAAAAAGAUACGAGAUCAAAUAUUUGAAAAACAAAAAAAUUGUUCUUCCACACGACUGUCAGGCCCAUUUAUUAUGGUCUGAUUUAAAUUGACAAUUUUUAUAUCUGACCGAUAUAUAUCAUAUACGGCAAGGAGUCAAUAAACCCAAGAAGAUGAGCUCAUACGUGAGCUUUCAACAGUACGAGCUUUUGGAUUCCGAAGGUUAUGGAUCGGCAAGUAGUCCGGAAUCGAACCCCCAGAAUUGUUGGUCUGUUCCGGAAACCGCGUAUCCACAGCCUCCUAGAUCGCGCGGCAGCAGCUGCGGAAGUGUCAGUUCGAUCGACAGUCAGGUCCAGCAGGAUUGUCAGGAAUUGACCAAUGGCAACUUCCCGGUGAUGUCUUGCAACGGUUUUCAAUUUCCGGGCGAGUGCGGAGCCGAGUUCUUCAAAGGUUAUCAGGCGGGUUAUCGGGCGGAGACGGGAAAGUCGCGGGAGGACGGUAAAGACGUCUUUAGGACGUCCGGUACCUGUUACGAGGAGACCUACUACCCUGAACAGAGAAAACCGGAAGUUGAGUUCUACGGACGGUGCGACUAUCAGCAGGACAAUUUCGCGAAGGGUUACGCCGCCAAGAGCGACGGGUACACGCCGAAGAGUGAUUACUUCCAAAAGGAUAUUUAUCUGGGCGCCGGAUGUUACCCUGUUCAGAGGAACGAUCAGCAGCAGCCUCAACUUCAGCCGAGGUACCAGAAGGAACUUCAUCACGACUCCUUAGACUACCCUAAAGUCCAUCACGGCAAGGAUACUCUUCACAAGGUCAAGUCUGGUACACCGGGUGUCGAAGUUCUAAGGAAACGUAGACUGGCUGCCAACGCACGUGAACGCAGACGAAUGAACAGCCUGAACGACGCCUUUGACAGGCUCAGGGACGUCGUACCGAGUCUUGGAAACGACCGGAAGCUCAGCAAGUUCGAGACGCUGCAAAUGGCUCAGACGUACAUAUCGGCGCUGUACGAGCUUCUACAACGGGAGUGAGAUAAACGUGGGAAUUAGAUUUAUUUUCUUUUUUUUUUUUUCAAAAAUUGAUCACGCUCUUGUGACGAGACGAGGAGGAAACAACGAACCGGAAGUAACGUGAAGACAAAGACGAAUAAGACAAUCUUGUUAUUUUCGACAGGUACGGGGAUAUCGUCAGUGUGAUGAACUCUGAUUGUACAUAGGGCCAGUAAUACGAUACACAAGACUUUGUAAAUAACGGUCUAGCCAAGCUUAAGUUAUAUUUUUCAAUUAAGUAGCUAAUUGUGUAAAUAAUUACGUGAAAGAUCGAUCGUCACGGAGAGGAUUUUACGCUCGUGUUUCGUAAUAUUUUUCUUUUCGUAUAUCUCGCGCAUGCGCAGUCCACUCUCUAUACGAAUUUUCAAUAUGGCGUCGUUAUUGUCGAGCUCUCUUCUUCCUACUUUUUUUUUGUUUUCCUUCUACUUUAUCACGUUCUCAAACACCCUCGACUUCUGGACGAUGCAAUUUUCUCAGUGCGCGUAAUUAGGGAUAUGCAAAAAUCACGGACAAAUGGACGUCCUCGCCACCUCCACUUAGCAGUCAAUCACAAUUAAAUACAAUUUUGCCGGCCGCGGGCCUACGGUAAUGGCGCAAAAAGAGAGCAAAUUGAAAUCUCCUAGCUGACAGAAUGAUAGAUGGAACCGAGAAGAACCGUCAGUACGAGUCUCGCAGAGAAUCGUCUUCGGCAUCUUACAUUACCGUUGCGGGUAUUUCGCGUCUUUUACUGCGUCACUCUCAUAACUUAAAUAUCUGCCAGUCGCCGUAUACGAAAUCGCAUCAGUUUCAUCGCUAAAAAAGUCAAUAGCAACGAGUCUCUUAGGUUCGUGCUUACUUGAUUUCACUAAGAGAGAUCUUUGCUUGAAUAUAUAUAUGUAUAUACAUGAGGUAUAUAUAUAUAUAUACCUCGUGAAAAGAUCGUAAAAAUCAGAACAACACUGCUAUCCGUCACAGAGUGAGAAAGUCCAUUGAGCAUAGGCCUAGGCAGAUUGCAAAAAAAUCCAAAAAAUUGUUUUCACAUAAUUUUUAUUUACUCCUCUAUAAUUUUUUUUGUCAAAUUGUCAUUUUCUCGCCUGCGACUAUCAGCUAAAUAAUCUGAAGGCAAGAAAAACCGUAAUGGCGACUUCUUGUGCGGGCAUACACAACACUGAUUAUUCGACGUAACGUCUUCAUCAAGACUGCACUUUAUGCCUGACGUACGUGUCUCCUCUUACUAUUCUUUUUAUAAUUUAACAUUCAGUCACACCUUCACGUUAUUAUUCACGCCGCGUACCGCGGUAGGAAUUUUUUGUGUUCAGUGUGAAACAACCUGUAGGUCGAUUGUUGUAUUAUCCUUGUACUGUUACGACAAUCGGAUUCAGUCAUCCUGAUAGUGAUAAUAGAAGGCUGGUUUUCAUUCUACGAGAAACAGGACGGACGUAAAUGACACUCGAGUUGCCAAGUACCUUUGUAUAUAAAUAUUAGAUGCGUAACAUUGACAUUUCUAUGUCCUCAGUAUAAUAAGAUCGUAUUAAUAGACGAUACUAAAUUUUAAGUUUCUAAGAUAAGAUGAACAAAUUUCCCACCAAUUAUGUUCCUCGUUUCAGACCAAAUGUAUUUAAGCAAGUGCAAUCUUAAUAAAAAAAAAAAACACUACAAACACGAUAAAAAAAAGUUAUUGAUUUAUAUUUCUUAUAUUCCAAUUAAUUGAUCGGGCGACCGAUAAUGGCUUGAAUUAAUAUUGGAGGGGGUGAAGGGGGGAGGGGGGGCGUUAAAAAAAUUUUCGUUUUUAUAUCAUGGUAUUCUGAUAUUUAAAAAAACAUGGUAAUCGAGGGAAAGAGAAACAAGAUGAAUCUCUUAGCCUUAUAUUCCCAUCGUCCUUCGCAAAGGUUAAAUGCUGUAAUUGGUAUCUUAGGUAGACUGUAAGGAUAAAUCGAUCGCAGGAUGUUGGGCUUUGAUAGAAUGCUGGAUAGCGGCAGCUACAAAGCAAUCUUCUACUGGACCAAGUGAAGCUGCUACCGCGAGACAAAUUGAUACCAGCCAACGCACUCGCUCUUCCUACCUUACCGACCGAACCAGUCGGCAUAAUUCCAUUGAGCCGAAGCCAGGGCCGCCGAGCAUUGGGAGGAAGAAAAAAUGAUUGAAAUAAAAUGACAUAAAAUAUUAAAAAGUUUUAGCGUGAGUGCUUGGACCAUGAUAAAUAAUCGAGUAUGCCACGAGUCAGGAGAACUUUCGCCAUUGAUGGAAAGUCCUUGGCGGGAAAAAGGUGGAAAAUUUAAAAUUCAAAUAUGUAAACUGAGAAUUAAAGAUAGGUAAAAAUUUUUUUUCAUAACUUCUAAUUCUUCUACUCUUAUCAACUGUAAGAGACGAGUUAACGUUAAGCCUGAAAUUUAUCGCAUUCUUGUGGAUCUGACCAUAAGGAUUUUGACAGUUGCAUAAAAUCUUUUACUGCCUCUCGUAACAGUGUUAGAUACUGACCACCUACAAACUGUAUAUCCUGGCUGUUCUCACUCCGUAGAAGCAAUUGUCAUAAUUGCAACAAUAAUAGUAAUCGCAGUAAUGGAGGCUUACUAUUGUAAGGCUACAAGCACAUUAUUUUAUUGUUGCGUGAUUACCAGUGGCAAAGACUGCUAUCGGCUACUUAAACUGACUAACUGUGAAGAACACGUAAUCGAACAUCAUCAGAUUACAGGUCUAACAUUAGUCUAUAGGGUGGUCCGAGAUAAAAGUAUUAGAAAAAAAAGGUUGGAAAAUUACUACAGUCCUUCUUUACACAUCUAUCAAAUAUUUAUCUAAGAGUAACCAACCGACAGUAUACUCUUUGAAAGAUCCUGUACCAACCUUACACUUAAGGUACACACUUGUAUCUGAAAAAAAAAAAUACCGGAUUUUACUUUUGAACAAACAAAAAAAAUCCGCUACCUACAAGGCGCAUGUAGACAUAAUCCGCACGAGUACGAAUAUCUUACUUUACUUGUUCCGCAUAAC